UCCUUAUAUUUAUUUAUUUAUAAUCAGAAUCAGAACACCUGAAAUAUUUGUUCUGUUCUUCUCUGAAAAAUUACAAUAAACACUUGCCUCUCUGUACCGCUAGCGGUCCUUCAGUAAACUUCCCUGGAUUUGAGAUUUGCAGUAGAAGCAGAAGAGCUACUGCCAGUUGAUCACAACUACAAUGGUGUCUACCGAUCUUGUUGGCUUCGUUGGCUUAGAUAGUCUAAGCUUAGAAUUAGCAUCAUCACUCAUUCGAUCGGGAUUUCGUGUCCAGGCCUUUGAGGUAUUCGGGUCUCUGAUGGAAGACUUUUCGAAUCUUGGUGGAGCUAAAUGUGCCAGCCUGAUGAAUGCAGCAAAAGAUGCUGCAGCUAUCAUUAUAUUGAUCUCACAUGCAGACCAAAUAAAUGACAUAUUCUUUAGGGAGGAGGGUGUUCUGAAAGGAUUGCACGAAGAUGCUGUCAUUAUCCUUCACUCUACUAUAUCACCAGCAUAUAUUCAGAAUCUAGAGAAACGUCUCACAGAGGAUAGCGAAACAGCUUUUCUAGUAGAUGCAUAUGUCUCUAGGGGAAUGUCCGAGGAUCUAAAUGGGAAAAUAAUGAUUACUUCUGCUGGAAGGUCGGAGGCAAUUGCAAGAGCACGCCCUGUUCUUUCUGCAAUGUGUGAGAAGCUUUAUAUUUUUGAAGGUGAUGCUGGAGCUGGAAGUAAAGUGAAAAUGGUAAAUGAGCUGCUUGAAGGCAUUCAUCUUGUUGCUGCGACAGAAGCCAUAUUUCUUGGUGUUCAAGCUGGGAUUCAUCCAUGGAUACUUUACAACAUCAUUUCCAAUGCUGCUGGAAAUUCUUGGGUUUUCAAGAAUAAUGUUCCCAAAAUGUUGAGGGGUGAUCCUACCAAACAACAUGUUCUGAAUGCUUUUGUUCGGAAUUUGGGGCUUGUUUUGGAUAUUGGCAAGUCACUGAAAUUUCCACUUCCACUUUUAGCAGUAGCUCAUCAACAGCUUAUUUAUGGUUGUUCAAAUAAACGUUUAGAUGAUGAUGAUGCUGGACUAGUCAAGGUUUGGGAAACGGUACUUGAAGUGAGUAUUACAGAUGCAUCUAAUGCAGAAUCCUACAUCCCCGAGCAGUUAGCAGAUGAAGUUACUGCCACAUCAGAUUCUGUAAAGCGAAUUGGUUUCAUUGGUCUCGGAGCAAUGGGAUUUGGGAUGGCCACUCAACUUCUAAAAUCAAAUUUCUGUGUUCUUGGUUUUGAUGUGUAUAAGCCAACACUAUCUCGGUUUGCAGAUGCAAGUGGCUUGAUUGGGAGCUCUCCUGCAGAAGUAUCUAAGGAUGUAGACGUGCUUAUGGUUAUGGUUACAAAUGAAGCUCAAGUUGAAAGUGUUUUAUAUGGAGAUCUUGGUGCAGUGUCAGCCCUUCCAGCUGGAGCAUCCAUUAUUCUUUCAUCAACAGUGUCACCUGGAUUUGUGAUCCAACUAGAGCGAAGGUUACAAAAUGAACACAAGUAUUUGAAGUUGGUGGAUGCUCCUGUUUCCGGUGGUGUAGUGAAGGCCUCAAUAGGAGCACUUACGAUAAUGGCUUCAGGUUCAGAUGAAUCUCUUAAGCAUACUGGUUCUGUUCUGUCAGCCCUAAGUGAGAAGCUCUAUAUUAUUAAGGGGGGUUGUGGAGCUGGAAGUUCUGUAAAGAUGGUCAAUCAACUCCUUGCUGGAGUUCAUAUAGCAUCAGCAGCUGAGGCAAUGGCAUUUGGUGCUCGAUUGGGUCUUAAUACCAGAACCUUGUUUGAGUUCAUCAAAAAUAGUGGAGGAACAUCCUGGAUGUAUGAGAAUCGUGUGCCCCACAUGUUGGACAAUGAUUAUACUCCACAUUCAGCUCUUGAUAUCUUUGUAAAGGAUCUGGGAAUUGUUACCCAAGAGUGCUCAACACGUAAAAUUCCACUUCUGAUUUCUACUGUCGCUCACCAACUGUUUCUAUCAGGUUCUGCCGCUGGCUGGGGCCGGGUUGAUGAUUCCGGAGUAGUGAAGGUGUAUGAGACACUGGCGGGGGUUAAAGUUGAAGGGAAACUUCCAGUCCUUAACAAAGAUAUUGUUUUGAGAUCUAUUCCAACUGAGUGGCCAACUGAUCCCAUCGAAGAUAUCUGCAGACUGGAUCAGAAUGCUUCAAAGACUUUGGUUGUUCUGGAUGAUGACCCAACUGGAACUCAAACUGUUCAUGACAUUGAAGUCCUAACAGAAUGGAGUGUCGAAUCACUUGUUGAACAGUUUGAAAGAAAACCUAAAUGCUUUUUUAUCUUGACUAAUUCCAGAUCACUGAGUUCAGACAAGGCUGUUGCAUUGAUAAAAGAUAUCUGUGGAAACUUAGAAACUGCAGCUAAAUCAGUUGAGAACAUAGGCUAUACAGUGGUAUUGAGAGGAGAUUCAACACUUCGUGGUCACUUUCCAGAGGAAGCGGAUGCAGCUGUUUCAGUGCUGGGUAGGAUGGAUGCAUGGAUUAUUUGCCCUUUCUUUCUUCAAGGAGGACGCUUUACCAUUGAUGAUGUACACUAUGUGGCAGAUGCUGAUAGGCUUGUUCCUGCAGGAGACACUGAAUUUGCUAAAGAUGCUGCCUUUGGGUAUAGAUCUUCAAACCUCCGUGAGUGGGUUGAGGAGAAAACUAAAGGUCGGGUACCAGCCAGCAGUGUUGCGUCUAUUUCCAUUCACCUAUUGAGAAAAGGGGGACCAAGUGCUGUUUGUGAACAUCUUUGCAGGUUGAACAAGGGUUCAGUAUGUAUAGUUAAUGCAGUCAGUGAAAGAGACAUGGCCGUAUUUGCAGCAGGAAUGAUCCAGGCAGAACUGAAGGGGAAACGUUUUUUAUGCCGCACAGCUGCUAGCUUUGUUUCUGCUCGAAUUGGAAUAAGGCCAAGGGCUCCGAUAUUACCAAAAGAUAUGGGAAUAAGUAAAGCAAGGGAUGGGGGGCUCAUAGUUGUAGGGUCAUAUGUUCCAAAGACCACAAAACAGGUUGAUGAUCUUAAAUCCCAAUUCGGCCAUGUCCUAAGAUGCAUUGAGGUAUCUGUUGAUAAACUUGCCAUUCGGUCAUUGGAGGAGAGGGAGCAGGAGAUCGAUCGGGCAGCUGAAAUGGCUGAUGUUCUCCUUAGAGGCCGUAAAGACACUCUAGUAAUGACAAGUCGAGAGCUCAUUACUGGAAAAUCUGCUUCAGAGAGCCUAGAAAUCAAUUUCAAAGUCAGUUCUGCACUAGUGGAAAUUGUGCGGCGGAUAACUACACGGCCUCGUUACAUUCUUGCCAAGGGUGGCAUUACCUCAUCAGAUCUUGCUACAAUAGCUUUAGAAGCAAAACGUGCCCUGGUAGUUGGGCAGGCUUUAGCUGGUGUACCUUUGUGGCAGCUUGGUCCAGAAAGUAGACAUCCAGGUGUUCCAUACAUUGUAUUCCCAGGCAAUGUUGGUGAUAGGACUGCACUGGCUGAAGUUGUAAAAUGUUGGGCCUGUCCCGUUAGAUUUUCAUCAGCAAAGGAUCUUCUUCUUAAUGCGGAGAUGGGUGGAUAUGCUGUUGGAGCAUUUAAUGUUUACAAUCUGGAAGGAGUUGAGGCUGUUGUUGCUGCUGCAGAGGAAGAAAAGAGUCCUGCCAUUUUACAGAUUCACCCAAGUGCCUUGAAGCAAGGAGGAACUCCCUUGGUUGCAUGUUGCAUCUCUGCAGCAGAACAAGCUAAUGUUCCAAUAACUGUUCACUUUGAUCAUGGAAGUUCCAAGCAUCAGCUGCUUGAAGCGCUUGAAUUGGGAUUCGACUCAGUUAUGGUAGAUGGUUCACAUCUUCCCUUCAAUGAAAAUAUCUCAUUAACGAAGUACAUAUCACUCUUGGCUCACUCAAAGAGCAUGCUAGUUGAAGCUGAAUUGGGGAGAUUAUCUGGAACUGAAGAUGACUUGACUGUCGAAGAUUAUGAAGCAAGAUUAACUGAUGUUACUAAGGCUCAAGAAUUCAUUGACAAGACAGGUAUUGAUGCCUUAGCUGUGUGUAUUGGAAACGUUCACGGAACAUACCCAUCAGAUGGCCCAAAUCUGAGACUUGAUUUACUUAAGGAACUGCAUGUUAUGAGUUCACAGAAAGGAGUUAUUUUGGUUCUUCAUGGAGCCUCUGGAUUGCCCAAGGAACUUAUAAAGGAAUGCAUAGAGCUUGGUGUCAGAAAGUUCAACGUAAACACCGAAGUCCGCAAGGCUUAUAUGGAAUCGCUCCGUAGCCCCAGUAAAGACCUCAUCAAUGUUAUGGCAUCUGCGAAGGAAGCAAUGAAGGCCGUGGUGGCAGAGAAGAUGCACCUUUUUGGUUCUGCAGGAAAAGCAUGGUAAGAAUCAUUCAUGUGCCAGAUCGCUGAGCCAUGGAAAUGCUGGGUCAGAAUGCAACUAGAGCAAUGUGCCAUGCUUCUCCUUUUCCAGCCUCAUAUCAAAUAGAUAAAUAGGCCACGCAUCCAAGAAACAAAAGAAGAUGAAACUGCAUCAAGAGUCAGGAGCAAUGUUUAUAAACUGCUUUGUAUGAGGCAUAUGGCAUAUUAUAUUCAUUAAAUUGACUUUCUGUCAUUUCUCUUCCCGUUUCCCCAUUUAACAAAUUGUAACUGUGGUUGCUAUGAUGUGGUUCAUGACAGGUUUAGUACCUAGCCAAAAUUAAGGAAGAGGAAUCAUCUUUGAAACUC